UCCUGUUAGUGCCGCUCUCUGCAGGACUUUAAACUGAUCUGAUCUGUGACUACACACCGUCGCGGACUCUUUUGGAGUCCCCGCGUCUAAGUUUACUUUCUGUGUCUCAAACUAUAUAAACAGGUCGCAGCUGGAAACCAGAUGAGCAACUUCAGACAGUAGCUCCACUUGUCUUUAUGACAUUUGCAGCAUUCCCCUGCAAGGCAGCAACAGUGCACUACGACAUCAUCAGAAGUAUUUGUCAUGGCUUAUGAACCACGCCGAGGAGACAGCAGUUCUUCAACAGGUACUGUAGCUUUCACAGCCAAGCUGAAUAUCAGUGACAGCUAUCCAAAACACUGUGGAGUCCUGAAGUUUGCCACCUUGCUGGUCAACGAGGGAGGAGGCUACAGUCCUGACACAGGUGUCUUCACCUGUCCUAUGGAUGGCUUCUAUCACUUCACUGUGCAUGUGUCUGUGUAUGGCCGUGGACAGUGUGGUAUACACAAAAAUGGGGAGAAGGUGGUGUCUCUGUAUCACACCACUCUGCCUGAUAAGUGUAGCCAAGUGGCAAGUAUGAGCAGUGUCAUCAAACUGUCUAAGUACGAUGAGGUCUGUGUGCAACUCUGGGGGCCUGACAGAAACGAUAUCUUUGCAACUGAGGAUAAUGACACUGUCUUUGCAGGGGUUCGUUUGGGCUAAUGACAACAUCAAAAUGUCAAUAAAGUUUGUUUCCUGAAUCUUAA